AUGGCUCCCAAGCCUGCUUCCUCCGCAUCUAAGGCCCCCGCGUCCACCACGGCGCAGAAGGCACCUGUCAAGGCUGAGUCCAAGGUCAAGAAGACUGCCGCGUCCAAGUCCACCGCGUCGGCCGGCCCUGACGGGGAGAAGAAGAAGCGCAAGAAGACCCGUAAGGAGACCUGGAGCACCUACGUCUAUAAGGUGCUCAAGCAGGUCCACCCGGACACGGGUAUUUCGAACAAGGCGAUGGCCAUCCUGAACUCCUUCGUAAACGAUAUCUUCGAGCGUAUUGCGACGGAGGCUUCUAAGCUCUCCUCAUACUCGAAGAAGUCGACAAUCUCGUCCCGCGAGAUUCAGACAGCUGUCCGUCUCAUCCUUCCGGGUGAGCUGGCCAAGCAUGCCAUCUCUGAAGGCACGAAGUCUGUAACCAAGUACUCAUCGAGCCAGAAGUAG